AUGGCGCCCAAGAAGGCUGAACAGGUGAAGAAGAAGAAGGCCACGGUCGAUGACAAGACCUUUGGCAUGAAAAACAAAAAAGGUGGUGCCGCCAAGAAGCAGAUCCAGCAGCUGCAAGCCAUGGCCAAGUCUAACAAAGAUCCCGAUGCCAAACGCAAAGAAGCCGAGAAGGCGCAGCGCGAGGCCGAGAAGAAGGCCGCCGAGCUCGCAAAGAAGGAGGCUGCCGAGCUGUUCAAGCCUGUGCAGGCGCAGAAGGUUCCCUUCGGUGUCGACCCGAAGACCGUGCUGUGCAUGUUCCACAAGAAGGGUGGCUGUGAGAAGGGCAAGAAGUGCAAGUUCAGCCAUGACCUGAAUAUCGAGCGCAAGGCGGCCAAGAAGGAUCUCUACACCGACUCUCGCGAUGGUGAAGAGACGGAGGAUAAGAAGAAGGCGGAUACUAUGGACAACUGGGACGAGGAGAAGCUGCGCAGUGUCGUGUUGAGCAGGCACGGUAACCCGCGGACGACGACUGACAAGGUGUGCAAGUUCUUUAUCGAGGCGGUAGAGAACCAGAAGUAUGGUUGGUUCUGGGUCUGUCCGAACGGAGGCGAUAAGUGCAUGUAUAAGCACAGCUUGCCGCCAGGAUUCGUCCUCAAGACAAAGGAGCAGAAGGCAGCUGAGAAGGCCCUGAUGGAUAAGUCGCCAUUAAACACCCUGACGCUAGAAGACUGGCUGGAGUCCGAGCGGCACAAGCUGAGCGGCAACCUGACACCAGUCAACCCCGAGACCUUCGCCAAAUGGAAGAAGGAUCGCCUGGAUAAGAAGGCCGCUGAGGCAGAGGCACAGAAGGCCAAGGAGGCCACUGGCCGGUCGAUGUUUGAGAGCGGAGAGUGGAAAGAUGAGGAGGAUAGCAGUGAAGAUGAAGAAGAAGAUGAUGAUGAUGUCUGGAACUUGGUGGCCAUGCGAAACGAGACUGAGAAGCUGCGUGAGCAAAAUGAGGAGGAGCGGUUGGCCCACCUUUCCGGAGUGGACGUCCCGCCAUCGGACGAUGCUGCAAUUGCACUGGAGGCCGCUGGCUGA